AUGGCGGACAAUGAACAGAAAGCGAUGCAGUUAAUUGCGGAAGCGGAGAAAAAGUUAAAUUCAUCUAAGAGUUUCCUCGGAUCUCUUUUUGGUGGAUCAUCAAAAGUGGAAGAAGCGGUUGAUUGCUACCUCCGAGCAGCGAACCUGUUUAAAAUGGGAAAGAAAUGGUCGCAAGCUGGCCAGGCAUUUUGUAAUGCGGCACAGCUCCAUCUGAAGGCGGGCGUACGCCACGAUGCCGCCACAAACUUUGUGGAUGCCUCCAACUGUUACAAGAAAUGCGAUCCAAACGAGGCGGUCUCGUGUCUGCUGAAAGCGAUCGAAAUCUACACGGAUAUGGGCAGGUUCACCGUGGCGGCUAAGCAGCAUCAGAACAUCGCCGAGCUGUACGAGACGGAGUGCGUCGACCUGGCGCGCGCCAUGCAGCACUACGAGCAGGCGGCGGACUACUUCCGCGGCGAGGAGUCCACCUCCUCCGCCAACAAGUGCAUGCUCAAGCUGGCCCAGUACGCCGCCCAGCUGGAGCACUACGACAAGGCGAUACAGAUAUACGAGCAGAUCGCCAAGUCGUCCCUGGACAACAGCCUGCUGAAGUACAGCGCCAAGGAGUACAUGUUCCGGGCGGCGCUGUGCCACCUCUGCGUGGACCUGCUGAACGCGCAGCACGCGCUCGACAAGUACUGCGCGCUCUACCCGGCCUUCGGCGACACGCGCGAGUGCAAGCUCGUCAAGGAGCUGAUCGAGCACCUGGAGGACCAGAACGUGGAGGCGUUCACCGAGGCCGUGAAGACCUACGACAGCAUAUCGCGCCUCGACCAGUGGUACACCAGCAUGCUGGUGCGCAUCAAGAAGCAGAUCAACGACAACCCGGACCUGCGU